AAUCGAUUCCAGACUCGGCAUCAAAGCUCUCACCAUGAACGUUUACAGAACACUUAUCACGUUGCUGCUGGUUUUGUGUGCUAAAGCUCAGCGUAUUAUCUACAGAAGAAAACCAAACUCACAUAAGCUAUUCAAAUAUCAAGAUCCAUCAUGUCGGGACACUGUGGCCAAUUGUAAAACAUUACAAAGUUACUCGUGGUGCUACAACUACAGAAACUAUAUGAUGAAAAGCUGCAGGAAAACUUGUGGAUGGUGUCCAAAGGUUACGUCCACAUGUAUCGAUCGUCAUCAAAAUUGUUGGUCCUGGGCCCGAAAAGRAGCAUGUCGGCGGAACUGGCAGUACAUGAGGACUAACUGUGCUCGCUCGUGUGGAUAUUGUCARCAAGUUGUCCAUGGUAAGUGGGGUUCGUGGAGUGUGUUCUCAAGGUGUUCAGCGACAUGUGGAGGAGGAAUACAAGUAAGAUAUCGUCAAUGUAACAAGCCAGCUCCUAAGAAUGGUGGACGAACAUGCCCUGGGGUCCCAAAGCAGACAAUAAAUUGUAAUACACAACCGUGUAACAAAGCGGUCRAUGGUAACUGGGGAGCCUGGGGACCAUAUACGUCAUGUUCCAAGACAUGUGGUACCGGUAGUAAGACCAAAACUCGUCGAUGCAACAACCCUGCCCCACAGCAUGGCGGGAAGAGUUGUGUAGGUGCCAGUCAGUACACCACCGCGUGUAAUCUCAGGAAUUGUGUGACAGUUGUAGAUGGUCAGUGGGGGAGCUGGAGCCUUACAUCGUGUAGCGUGACGUGUGGUAGUGGAGUACAAACCCGUUUGAGAAGGUGUGACAGCCCUCCUCCUAAAAAUGGUGGCAAGGCUUGUGUUGGCAAAUCACGUGAACAGACUGUUUGCACUCGUACGUCAUGUCCUAAAGUUAAGAUGCCUCUCCCACCGUUUACAUGCGGCAAGAGUACUUUAUCUCGCAUCGUAGGUGGUUCUGUUGGAAAGACCACCGAUUGGCCAUGGCAAGCCGGCUUAAAACGAGGCAACGACGACAAAAUAUUCUGUGGAGGUUCUCUAAUCAAUAGAGAGUGGGUAAUAACCGCUGCUCAUUGUAUUUACAGGCUCGAACCCAGUCGCACUGGGUGUGUCGCACCUGAGCCUCGACUACGCGUGAUUCUUGGAGAGUUUGACGUCGAUAAUAUCGAAGGCCAUGAAGUGACAAGAGAUGUUGCACAAGUUUGCAUGCAUCCCAARUAUCAGCAUCGUACGUUGGAUUAUGACAUCGCUCUUCUUCGACUUGCUGAUCCUAUCAUGAGAUUCAAUGAGCACGUCAAACCAGUAUGCAUGCCAUCGUCCAGCUAUGUUACACCUAUUGGCAAGAACUGUACAGUAACUGGCUUUGGGAGAGUUGGUGAAAACUCCAACUUAUCAAAGACACUCCUUCAAGCUACCAUCCCCAUCAAGCGACUAGACUAUUGUAAAAAACAAUACCCACUCAAACUUGUCACUCAUCGUAUGAUAUGCGCAGGAUAUGAAGGUGGAAACAUCGAUUCUUGCAAAGGAGACAGCGGUGGACCAUUUGUGUGCAAAGAUGGUUACAACUAUGUGUUAACAGGCGCGGUCAGUUGGGGUGUUGGCUGUGCGAGGGCUGGGAAUCCUGGGUUAUAUGCUAACAUYCGAUAUUUCAUGACAUGGAUUCAGACCACAAUGAAAACUACUUGAACACUUUUCAGCUCAUAGUUAAAAUAUKAUAUGUUCAAGAGUAAUAUUUUCAUUGAAUUGUAAAAUAACUAUGCUAAUCCCAAUGUUUACUAUGUACUAGUGCAUACUUGAACCUCGCGCUAGUGGUUCCUUUUUUAAAGUUAUUCGACAAACAUCUUUAUUCUUUGUAAAAAUCUAUAAAACCCUUAUGGCGAUCUGGCCGAGGAGCAAUACAUGCACAUGUUAUGAACGCAUAUCACCAAUAAAUUCAAAGUAUCUUUGUCA